GAUCACAGAAAAUCAUAACCUAUAUGUAUGUUGUUGAAAAAUCAGUUUUGAACAGAACAUUUUUAACAUAAAACAUAUUAGUAUUUAUUGCAAAAGUGAUAUAAAAUGGGUGUGAAACGUAAAAGUUUAGACAAAUCACUAGAGAAAAAAUCUAAGAAGCUCAAGACUAGUUCUAAUCCAACGUCUCCACAAAAAAAAGAGAAGCAUGCUGAAAAUGAGGGAAAACCGACGAAGGAUGAUGCAAAAAUUAAGAAAACUGUUGAGAAAGUGAGUCAAGGAAAAGUAAAGAAAAAUAUAUCCAAAGCCGUAGAUAAAUCUGGAAAAAAAAUGCCCUUUAAAUCUGAUAAAGAUAAAACUAAACAUAUGAAUGGUAAUAAGGGUGAUAAAAAACCAAACCCAGAAGAGAAACCUGAAGAUUGGAAUGUAUUUAAGAAACAGAAGAAAGAAUUAAGACUGAAAAGGAAACAGGCAAAGACAAAUUUUGAUGUUGUCAUUCAAGCCAAAAAAAUGGGAGAAAUUCUGCGAAAAAAACAAUUAAAGGACGGUGAAGUCGCAAGAAACAAAUUGGUGAAUGAUCUACAUAGUUUAUUGAAAGAAGAUGGAAAUUAUGCCAAGUUUGUACUGGCUCAUGACACGGCUCGAAUUGUACAAUGGCUAUUGAAAUAUUCUUCGAUACUGAUUAGACAAGAAAUUUUUAAGGAAUUGGUUGGAUCAGUUCCAGUUAUGAUGCAAUCUAAGUAUGGUGUUUUCUGUGUGAAAAGAUUGUUAAAAUAUGGAACUACUGAAACGAGAGCAGCAAUAAUUAAAAGCUUAUAUGGACAUGCUGUAAAAUUGGCUAGUCAUGCUGUUAGUGCUGCCUGUUUGGAAUAUGCUUAUUCUACUUGGGCCACGUCCCAACAGAAACUUCAUCUAGUUCAAGAAUUCUACGGAAAUAUGUACAAAGAUUUCAAAGAAGAUAAAAUUACUAGUUUAAAACAUGUUUUCGAAUCAAACCCUUCUUUGAAGACUGCAGCGUUGAGUGUAACAAAAGCAAAUUUGUCUAGAAUAUUGAACAAAGAUCUUUUAGAUUCUGGUUUGGUCCAGACAGUUAUUUAUCAGUUCCUUCUAGAGUGUACUGAAGAAGAUAGAGCAGAAAUGAUUUCACAAUUAGCUCCACAUAUUGUUGUUAUAAGCAACAGUAAAGAUGGAGCUAGAGCUGCUAUGCAAUGUAUAUGGCAUGGAACAAAUAAAGAUAGAAAGGUUAUAAUGAAGUCGCUCAAAGAACAUCUAAUAGAACUAUGCAAGCACGAACAUGGCCAUUGCACAAUUAUAACAAUUUUAGAUGCAGCUGAUGAUACAGUUCUUUUGAAUAAAAUUAUUAUUGGUGAGAUUCUCAAGAAUGCAAAGGAGUUAUCAAAUAAUGAAUGGGGACGAAAAGUAUUGUUAUGGCUCGUAGUUCCAGAUGAUUCUUUAUAUUUCCAUCCUCAAUUCGUGAAGGAAUUAAAAAAUGGCAGAGAAAGUUCCACAAGUAAAAAACCUGAUGAUAUUAGGAGAAAGGAAGUAUUAUCUCAUUCAAGCCCUACAUUAUUAAAUUUAAUCACCACAGAGCCAGAAACUUGGUUGUCAGAUUCUAAAUUAGCAUAUGAAAUGCUGGCUAUUGUUAAGGCUGCUUGUGGAAAAGAAGUUGAACAUACCUUUGAAAGUAUAGUUAAAGUUAUAACUAAUGCUGAUUGGAAAAUUAAAGAAAAUGAACAGGAAAUCCAGGGGAUUGAACAUGCAGGUCUCCAUAUGGUAUUGAAAAAAAUUGCCCAGCACGAUAAGAUAAAUACUGAAAAUGAUCUACCCACUUUUGGAGGUGCACUCUUGAAAUUACUCACAGAUGAUGUUCUUGAAAGGUGGAUACAGCUCAACAGAGGCUGUUUCCUUUUGGUCUCAGUGUUCGAAAACAACUCAGAGGAAGUACAAAAUGAACUAAAAAAUAAACUUUCAUCAUUCAAGAAAAAACUUGGUAAAAUGAAUAUUGCAGGUGCUAAAAUUUUGUUGAAGAAAAUGGAAUAAUUGAAUAAUUUUCAGGAUAAAAAUAAAUUAGGCUUGAAAUUUCAUUCAAACUUGUACAUAAUAUGAAUAAAUGAAAUAUCUUGACUAAUAAAAAAUUCACAUGUUAAUUUGUAA